AUGCAUCACUUCAGAAUUUAUAUCUUCGAUGAAAGUCACAAAUAUGUAGUAGAAGAAUGGCCAGAGUUUGACCAUUUCUUAGAAGAUGAAGUAGAAUACAUACUAGUACGUCAUAUGAACGAACUAAAAGAGGAUCUUUUGAACAGGAAUUUUCACACCACAGACAGAGGUGAAUACGGUAUAAUGUUAGCGCGAAACAAAUGUGAAGUGCAUAACUUUUAUUAUGGAUUUGAUAAUUGUUAUAUCGAAUAUUCAGUAGGAAUUCUACUGCUUUACACUAUAGGUCACGGUUUUAUUUUAGAUCGUAUAAGAGACAGAAAAAACGAAGAGUGGCUGGAGAUCUGUCCAAGUGCAAACUAUGACACAGUAAGAACAUACACAUACAAUAACCAAAGGCUAAAUAUCGAGUCUACAAAGAUAAGAUAUAUAGACGUAGGCGAUGAAGACGAUAUAAAAAAGGACUUAUUGCACAAAGGAUUCGAGUUGAGCAUUUAUAUGAUAUUAGGAGAAGAUGUUAAGGUGAUCACCGAAACGGAAAUUGAAGAUAGGAUGGAAGAUAUUACGUCAGAACUGUAUGACUUGUUGUAG